GCCCACGUGUGGCAGCGCUGGGCAGGCGGUCACCAGGGCCGAGCAGUACGCGGCGCUUCUGCUGCGAUCUCUGCCAGUACUCGACCGCGUUUCGCCGCAACCUGACCGUGCACCGGCGCACCCACACCGGGGAGAAACCGUACUCGUGCCGGUGCUGUGCCCGCCGCUUCACGCACAAGAGCGGCCUCAACCGCCACAUGCGCACCCACGGCGACCAACCCCGGCACGAGUGCCCGCACUGCGCCAAGUCUUUCGCCCAGGGCAAGCACCUGGCGGCACACCUUCGCUGCACCCACGGCGUGUCAGCAGCCGCCGCUGAGGCCAGCGUGGCCGAGGCCGAGCUGGAACGGGACCAGCCCAUGAGUUGCCCCCUCUGCCAGCUCACGUUCGCGGGCAAGAAGGCGCUCAUGCAGCACCUGCAGCGCCACGUCUCCAGCGAUGGCCAGGUGCUCUAUCCCUGCACCAGCUGCGAUCGGGUGUUCGCCGAGCCGUCGAGCCUGGAACGGCACAUGGGUGAGGAGCACCCGUCGGAAGACGCUCCCUCUUUGCCGGCCAGCGAGGACGAGGAGGACGGGGAAGGGGACAGCCUGCUGGGACUGGCCUGA